CUCAGACCACAGCAAGAACUUUUCUAACUUUAUGUCUUCUGGCUGCUUUGUUUUAGAACUUUUUCUUAGUAAAUAUGAGCAGAAGUGGGCAUUUUGAGCGGAAAGGAUGCUGUGUAAGCCUGUGCAGCUGCGGGUGAGGAGUUUGGUGGGUUUCCUCUGGUUGAACUCUGCUCAGGUGACCCUCAUCAGGUGGAAGAGCUCAGGGUUUGGAGGUGGUAAGGCCAUGGAGAAGCCGUCAUCCUCCGGCAGAGCGGCUCUGGAAGACCCCAAAGCCUCGAUGGAGGACGGAGGCGCCCUGCGAGGCGCUGAAGGCGGAGAGUCGGACCCUCUGACGCCCAGGAAGAGCAGCUCCUCCCGCUCCUCCAGGAAGAGCUUCCGGCUGGACUACAGGCUGGAGGAGGAAGUCACAAAGUCCUGUCGAGACAAACAUGGCCGCUGGAUCAACCCGUGGCCCACCUGGCAGUUUCCUUCCUAUCCGCUGCUACUCAGGUUCCUGCUGUUUGAUAAAAACCACAGCAAUGUGCCCACAAGCAAGGAGGUCCUGGACAGUGAGCUCCCGGUGCUGGAACCGUACUUCGUCCAGAACCCGGACCUGUCGGAGUCCGGCCCGGGGCUCAGGGUGACCUGGCUGGGCCACGCCACCGUCCUGGUGGAGAUGGACGGCGUCAACGUCCUCACAGACCCCAUCUUCAGCCAGAGGGCGUCGCCCCUGCAGUUCAUGGGGCCCAAAAGGUACCGGGGGCCCCCCUGCACCGUGGAACAGCUUCCCCGGAUCGAUGCCGUCGUCAUCAGCCACUCGCACUACGAUCACCUGGACACGGGAUCUGUGGCCAGCCUUAACGCACGCUUCGGAGGGGAGCUACGCUGGUUCGUGCCCCUGGGACUGAUGGACUGGCUGGUGAAGAUGGGCUGUGAGAACGUGAUGGAGCUGGACUGGUGGGAGGAGAACUGCGUCCCCGGCCACGACGACGUCACGUUCGUCUGCACGCCGUCCCAGCACUGGAGCAAGCGCACCGCGCUCGACGACUGCAAGUCUUUAUGGAGCAGCUGGUCCAUCCUGGGCCCCGAUCAUCGCUUCUUCUUCGCUGGCGAUACGGGUUACUGCUCCUCCUUCCAGGAGAUCGGGCGCCGCUUCGGACCGUUCGACCUGGCGGCGAUUCCUAUCGGCGCGUACCUGCCCAGGGAUGUGAUGAAGGGGCAGCAUGUAGACCCGGAGGAGGCUGUUCAGAUUCACCAGGACCUGCAGGCCAAACAGUCGCUGGCGAUACACUGGGGGACUUUCGCCCUCGCCUACGAGUAUUACCUGGAGCCGCCGGCUCGUCUGAGAGAGACGCUGGAGAAGAAAGGACUGAAGCCGGAGUCUUUCUUCACGUUGCAUCACGGCGAGUCUCGCCUCAUCGCCACGCAGGACGGAGACGUCUUCAACUGAUGAACAAUGGAGAACAAUAUGUCCGUUAGAAAAUGCAGGAAAUUGUGUUUAGUGCGUAUUAUAUUUACAGUUCACCUUAAGUUCUGUAACGCUGUUUGUAAACUGAAUGUUCACAUGGAUGGACAGCACUACCCACAGAAACAGGUUUACAGAACUGAAAAUGUGUGAAUGAGAUCAUGAGAAAGACCAAGGAAUUUUAAGAACUUACCGUAAUUUGUUAUAACUAAAAAAAAGAAAAAAAAAAUCUAGUUUUUUUUUCGUGGUACUACCUGAAAACUGCAGCUAUCAAAAGAAAACUGUACUCAGUUUGUAACCCGAAGCAGGGCUCACGCUGUGACUUUACAGGUAAUUCAAUGGUAAUUUACAUUUUUUUAUGUGCAUUUAUUUCAUUGUCAGCACAGAGGAGGAGGAACGUUCCCGCUGGAAGGAUUUUACAAGCCACAAAGAGGAGUUUCAAACGGCGUGAUGUGAAUGUCAAUCAGAAUCAGACCAGUUAAAUUCUGCAGGCCCGAGUUACACCAGUGCUCUUACGGAGAAAUGAAUGUAGGUGAAGUUUGUGUGAGUUGUGUUGUGUCUUCUUCUGUUUUUAGCAACACAAAUAAUGACGAGUCGACAGAUGCGUUUCAGUCGCUUUACUUGAGUUUUCCUGACGUGCAACGACCUGCAAAACGCAGCAGGCGCAUGACAAUGACGUCACCAACCAUUCCCAUACAAAGAUGAAAUUAGAUUUUUUUGUUCAAUACACUACAGUCAUGGCCAAAAGCUUUGAGAAUGACACAACUAUUAUUUUUCACAAAGUCUGUGGUAUUAGUUUUUGUAACUGCCGUUUGCCUAUACCCCAGAAUGUUAUGAGUAACCAGCUCAACUGUAAUUCAUUGCAAAGUCCCUCUUCACUUUGAAAAAGGACUUUAUCACUAAAAACACAUUUCCACUGCAUUUCAGCCCUGUCACAAAAGGACCAAUUAACCUAAUUUUAAUGACACACGGGUAUUUAACAUAUGAAGUGACAAAGGAGGAGAAACUCCCAACAACCCAACCCACUUCAACCCCCUGUGGCUGCCGAUGCAUUUUAGAAGAAUAGCAUCCAGACCAAAGAAUCCUUUUGGAGAUUACGCCCGGUCAGGGGGAGACACAUCUGUUUAACAUGAAACAGGACAAAUGGGAAAGAACCCCCCCCCCCCCCGUGGGUUUGCUUGGUGUCAGGAGCCCAGGGGACCGUCUGCUCAGGAGCCCACUCGUAGCUGAUAACCACUACAUGUAUGAUUAUCUCUUUGGAAAAAUCCAGCUGCAGCUCUAAACCUCCACCAGAUCAUAGCCAAAUAUGUGAGCAUUCUCUCAACAAAGGUUGACUCAGUGAAAGAGAAGCAGAAGUAAAUUUGGUAGGUUUCAGUACAGCCAGGUCAGGCGACGGCACACUACAGUGCCAUCUGAAUUUUCUAAUGUACCAAAUUAUAUAUUUCACUUGUAUAUCACUACUGAUGUUCAGUACAUCCAAAUACAGCAGUUUCUUUGCUGUUUUUUGAAAAUUCAGCCAGCCCCCUAUUUAUUU